AUGUCACAUACUCCAAACUGGACAGCCAUGCCCGAUAACACAUAUUCGCCCGAGGAUACCUACAGACAGCAGAAACAAGAUCGUAACGAAUUUAAUUUAGUUAGUCGACCUUCAAGUUCGGCCCCACCAAACACCACUUAUGGCUCAAGUUUAUCUACCCCAGCACCACAACGUCCAUACCAAGAAAGAACCAAUAAAUCCACCAGUUCGACCCAGUUGAGUCCGUCUCAUCGACAUUCUAUUGCCGUUUCUCCUACUCCUGACAAGCAACCACUGCUAACAGAUACUUCUAGUUUGGACUCCGAUGCCAAGAAGGUGCGCAAGCGAAACAAGAAAACGUGUAAUAAAUGUGGAUUGGAAAUAACUGGCCAAUUUGUCCGUGCCUUAGGGUGCGCUUUCCACGUCGAGUGCUUUACAUGUAAUGAAUGUGGUAAACAGUGUUCAGCCAAAUUUUUCCCCUACGAAAUCAAGGACACCAAUGGUAAUGUAAAGCAAGUAGCAUUGUGUGAAUAUGACUAUUUCAAAAAGUUGGAUUUGAUUUGUUUUAAUUGUAAUUGUGCAUUACGAGGACCAUAUAUCACCGCAUUGGGGAACAAAUAUCAUUUGGAACAUUUCAAGUGUACUGUAUGCAAACGGGUAUUUGAAUCUGAUGAAAGUUAUUAUGAACAUGAAUCCAAUAUUUAUUGUCAUUACCAUUAUUCCAAAUUGUAUGCUUCCCAUUGUGAAGGAUGUCAUUCAUCGAUUGUAAAGCAGUUUGUGGAAUUAUUUCGGGGUGGAAGAAAACAACAAUGGCAUCCUGAAUGUUAUAUGGUUCACAAGUUUUGGAAUGUAUGCAUAACUUCUGAUUCUGUAGGGUUGCAACAGUUGUAUGGAUUAUCCGAGGAAUCACUACAGAAUAUUAAAGCAUUGACGACAACCAGUGACAAGGACGAAGAAGAUGCCGUGAAUUCGAUAUUGCUCGUUCACAUUGAACAACAGAUUGAGCAAGUUGUCAUGCGAUGUUGGUUGACUUUGUCUGGAUACGAAGAGACCACGGCAACUUGUAUUUCCGACAUGCUUGUUAAUGCAUGCACCGGCGACAAAUUUAAUGGGUUGAUUGUUACGGGAAAAUUGAUUUUGAGUGUCGAAGUGUUGUUUAAUGCCCUUGAUGCCAUUUUUGAAAUGUGUGGUUCCUCCAAUGAUUUACUUCAGGAAAAAUUCCAAAGGUUACCUGAACAGCAUACGUACGAUGAUCUGGAAUCAUCGUUGACUAGCCCCAAUGAAGAGUAUUUCCAACCAUUGAAGAAGGAACCAAGAAAUAUCACGGGGAAGAUUAUGAGUUAUUUGGCGAUUUUGCGAAAGUCUGAUCAUAUCGCUAAGUCAGGCCGACUUUCGGCUGAGUUGCUUUCAGUCAUCACUGGAUGUGCUCACUAUUUGAAGUUACUUAUUGGAAUAGGGUUGAAUAAUGCGUUACGAUUGAAUAAAUUGUAUGGUACCACCACCGCCAUUGAUAAAUUCUUGACACUAACUUCUGAAUAUGAAUCGUUUACGUUUGACGAGGCCAAUGAAAAGAAUUUGCAUAUGCUUAAUGCUAAAUUGUCUAUUCCAAUUAAUUCUACAGAUGCUUGUAGGUUAUGUGGCAAGAGCAUUGAGAAGUCGUGUUUUAGAAAUGGAAGCCAUCGUUGGCAUAUCAAGUGUUUUGAAUGUAGUGUAUGCCAUAAUCCUAUCCUGAUUGAAGAGGCUGACUUGUGCAAAGUGGAUUUGACUGACCGGUUAGUGUGUAAUAAUUGUAACAAGGACGGUGGAGAAGUGGGUGGAUUUGAAGUGAUCAGUGACUUGGCUCAAUUAAGUUAUUUGUUAAAGAUUGCUCUUUUCAGAUCGCGUACAGUGAUGAAGAUUGAUUUUAUGCAAAUCCCUGUGUUGGAAACGGCCUUGAAUAGACGACUUUCUAUUAGGGAAAUUCCCGAAGAGUCACCCGUGGAUAGUUAUUCGCAAACAUUGAGUGAUGUGACAAGAUUACGUACCAAGAGACAGUCACAGAAGUUGUCAAGAUCCGUCAAGAAGAAUGCUAGGAAGUCGGUGAUUGUCGAAGCUCCUGAGGCUGAUAAAGCUAGUAAGUUUGAAAUUAGAAAUGAUGACCAUAUCGCGGAAGAAUUGGCGGAUCUUUCAUUUGAUUCACCCCAGAUCAUCCAACCUAAACGAAUGGAUAGUGGAUCAUCCCUGUUGUCUUUUGAUACUCAAAAACUGGAGAAAGUCGUGGUUAAGAAAUCACUCAAGAUUAGAGAUGAACCCCAGAGACAACUCACCAAUACUCAACUUGAUCGUACUUCGGACAUGUUGAAGAAUGAGAAAUCAUUGACCUUGGAUGAUAUUCCCAGAAUUGUUGCAGCUGAACAAGCCCGUGAUCAACGUCCUAAUGCAUUCAAACAUCAUAAUAGUUUAUAUCAACGUCAACAAGUGAAGAUGAAGGGCAGUGGUGGGUCAAGAAGUCCAUCAAACAUGAUGUCACCUUCAGGUGCCUUGGAUAAUAUUUUGAGUGCUAAUCAUUCCCAAGCUCCAAGUUCUAUCGACCAUCCAUCAGUUAAGCAAAAUAAGUAUUAUUCCGAGUUGACUAAACUGGAGCAUUUCAUGUUGAGACAUAUUGCUGUCGAGGCACUUUCGAGAAUCAGUUCUAAUUAUAACCGUGAUGAUUUGUUGCCUUUAAUCCAAAUCAAGAAGCUGUCCACCUUUUGGGAUAAAUUCAAGUUCAGCCUGGGAGACAAGGAAAAGACUACCAAUGUGUUUGGUACUGAUUUGUUGGAGUUAACCAAGAAGUAUGGAGUAGAUUCUGAUUUGGGUGUUGGGCCCAAUAAGCUCCGUGUUCCCAUUGUGAUUGACGAUGUGAUUAAUGCAUUGCGACAAAAGGAUAUGUCGGUGGAGGGUAUUUUCCGAUUGAAUGGUAAUAUCAAGAAGUUGCGAGAGUUGACUGAUGAAAUUAACAAGAACCCUUCCAAGUCUCCUGAUUUCAGUAUCCAGACCGCCGUGCAAUUAGCGGCAUUAAUGAAGAAGUGGUUACGUGAAUUGCCUAAUCCGCUAUUGACGUAUAACCUUUAUGAUGUAUGGAUCAGCUCACAACGAGAACCUAACCCGGUGAUGAGAAAGAGAAUCUUGCAGUUGAUUUACUGUAUGAUGCCACGAAGCCAUCGUAAUUUGGUUGAAGUGUUGCUUUACUUCUUUAGCUGGGUGGCUUCAUUUUCUGAAAUUGAUGAAGAGACUGGAUCUAAAAUGGAUACGCAUAACUUAGCCACUGUUAUUGCCCCCAAUAUUUUGAUUUCCAAGAGUGCCAGUCAGAACAAUGAUAAUAUCCAGACUGGAGGAGACAACUAUUUCUUGGCUAUUGAAGUUGUCAACCAGUUAAUUGAGUUGCAUGAAGAGUUGAGUAUUAUUCCUCAUGAUUUGCUUGAGUUUUACGAGAGUUGUGGGCUUGGCAAACAAGAGAAGGAGUUGUCGACUAAGGAGAUUAUGAAUGUCAUUGACAAGUACAUUAAGGAGAAUCCUAGCUGUUUUGACGUGGAUGUUCGCGAUGGCAUUUCCAAUGUGGAAGUCAAGAGUAAUACCGUGUCCAAAAGCCAGAAUAGGGUUGGAGGUGAGUUGAACGGAGAGACCCAAGAGGUGUAG